AAUGCUUAAGCAAUACAUUGAAUGCUAUGUUAUGCGUACAGUAGAGUCACUAUUGAGUGCUUAUGAUUGCUAUGAUAUGCUAUGAUUUCUAUUAUAUGUAUUGAGUAUUGAAUUGCAAUCAAAUGUAUAAAAUUGCGAACAAAACAGUGAAACUCAAUGACUGACUGCUUAUGAUAUGACUCUUUGAUUCAAAUAUCUUCAUCUUAUGGUAGCUCUUGAAGUGACCAAAUGAUUGCAUGAAUUUAUAAGACAAUACCAAUUGAAGUGAUUGUGACCACUAUUGUGUCGACAUGUCUUCGUCGUCGACCAUAGAGUCAGAGCUAUACUACUUAGUGACCAAAUUCCUCGAGUGUGGUCCAUGUCAAGGGUCGGCUCAACUGCUCAAACAAGAGAUUGAAGACAAUGGACUUCUGCCUCAACGAUUUGAUUGGAUGGGUGUUCAACAUGUGACCACAUUUACCGAUAUUGACCGCAAUAACUCACAUAUAUUACCGAAUCAUUUGUUUCGAAUUGUCGAUCGAAUCAAUAAGUUAUUGGAAGUGGUGUCACCUCCAGCCGUGACCGGAAUACAGUCGCUUCUCGGCAAUGGUCGUCAAUCGCUUCUUCGCGAUUUUAUCAAUAAAGUAGAUCCAAAUCUCCGAUAUAAUAGUUCAUCUCAUUUGACUGCCUUUAGAAAUGGCGCCCAAUUGUUGCCUUCUGCCCAACAACUGGUCAGUCAUCCAUUCAAUGCUACGCUAUCACUGAUCGCGCGGCAAAACAGCGGUCCAUUAACUCAUAAGCAACUGUUGCCCUCAAAAUGUUACGAUAAGUUUAUUAGAUGUAAACGACUUUUAGGACAUUUAUCAUCAGUAUAUUGUGUCUCAUUUGACCGCACGGGUCGCUAUAUAAUUACGGGCGCCGAUGACUCUCUCGUUAAGAUAUGGUCAGCAGCUGACGGCCGUUUAUUAGCUACACUUCGCGGUCAUAUCAAUGAAAUUACAGAUUUAACGAUCAAUUAUGAGAACACAUUAAUAGCUGCCGGAAGUUGCGAUAAAAUGAUAAGAGUUUGGUGUUUAAAAACAACUGCUCCCAUCACUGUUCUUAACGGUCAUAAUGCACAGAUAACUUCGGUUAAGUUUUGUCCGCUCGCUCGCGAUGACAACCGAUAUCUUGUUUCGACAGCUAAUGACGGAUGUGUCUGUUUUUGGAGAUAUAAUGCAUCGACUAAUGAGUUUCAUACACAACCCAAGAAAUUUAUUGAACGCCAUAAGCCGGGAUCACAACUUGUUUGCUCUUCAUUUUCUAGUGGCGGUGUUUUUCUAGCCGUCGGCUCUACAGAUAAUUAUCUUAGAGUAUACCACGUGACAGCACCAGCCGGUCCCACAAAGAUAUUGGAAAUAGAGCAACACUCGGAUCACGUGGAUUCACUUCAGUUCAGUAAUUUGAGCACUCGUUUUGUGUCGGGAAGUAAAGAUGGUGUGGCACACAUCUGGUAUUUUGAACGACAACACUGGCAUAACAUACCACUUAAAAUGAAUGAAAGAUUGCCCGGAACUGCUCCGCCUACCGAUGAAAUAACUCGUAAAGUGAAAGUUUCAAUGGUUGGCUGGACUUGUGAUGACGUCCACGUUAUUACAUCAUUGAGCGAUCACUCGCUAAAAGUUUGGACAUCACAAACGGGACAAUUACGACAUGUGCUCUAUGGACACGAAGAUGAAGUAUUUGUAAUUGAAGCUCAUCCUAAAGAUAGUCGAAUAUUUUUAUCCGGAGGUCAUGACGGAGCUAUUAUUUUAUGGGAUAUCAUAUCAGGCAAUGCCAUCAAAACCUUUUACAACUCGAUUGAUGGUCAGGGUCACGGGGCUGUCUUUGACUGCAAGUUUUCUCCCGAUGGACUUAUGUUUGCUUCUACCGACAGUCACGGACAUUUAUCCUUCUUUGGAAUGGCCAGUGCUGAACCAUAUAAGAAAAUACCAGAUCAAGUAUUUUUCCAUACAGACUAUCGCCCAGUUAUUAGAGACGCUAAUCAUUAUGCAAUUGAUGAGCAAACUCAAUGUGCACCACAUCUUAUGCCACCACCUUUUCUGGUGGACAUCGAUGGUAAUCCUUAUCCACCGAAUUAUCAGCGACUCGUUCCCGGAAGAGAAAGUUGUUCCGACUCUCAACUUGUCCCAUAUGUGGCCGUACAUAAUGCUAACGGAAACGAUGUGGCUGAAGUAUUAGCACCCGUUGAAAUGCCAGGUGAACCUCAACCUCCACAGCCAUUAGUAGUAUCACCUCCACCCCUCCCACAUCAACUCCGACCAACUAUUGAUGAUAUGAUUCAGAGGUUGCAACGAGAACAGCAACGUUUAACUCACGAACACGAUUAUACAGCUCAGCCACCGGCAGGCUAUUUAAAUAGAGAACAACUAAAUCAUUCACCGCGUGCUCGACACGCGUCUGGACAAAGAACUGCUGGUUCCCGACGGGCCGGUUCUGUUGAAGGGGUUCGACAGGCAGAGAAUUUUAUGUCACGAGAUCGAGAGCUUAAUCAAAUAGUACCGAUUUGGGCGAAGAGAGUAAUUGUGAGACCAUUAAAACCAAGUGAAGCAGAAACGGCUAAAAAGAAGUUUAUAGAAUCGGCUGAAGCAGAAGAAAUUUUUUUCACUAAAGAACGUAAGAAACGCCCUCAGGUUGAAGACUCGUCUGUUAGUCUUAAACUUGCCAUUAAAGAGGAAAGAUUUACCAGAAGAAAGCGGAGAAUUAUUCAACAACGACAAGGUGUCAGACAAUCAGGACUUCGAGAACGAUAUGCGAGACGAACUGAGAAUAGACAUCGUAAUGGUAUUACUGAUUAUGAAAAUCCUGAAGAUCUUAGCGAUGAUAGCGAUAGUGAUUAUACUGGAGAUCGCGAAUGGGCUGAAUUGUCUGAGUCCGAGUCUACCAGUGAAGAGACUGAAGAUUCAGAAUGGGAUACUUGUUUGCCCACCAAUUCUAGAAUAAAUCGACGACACAACUCUUCUGGUAGUGAAGGAGAAGAAGCAGAGAGUGGCGAAAGAGUAGAAAGAGCACAAACUUCUAUCGGUAAAAGAGUUACUAAAAAGGAAGCUAAGAAAAUGAAAGAACGAUUAAAACGGAGUCAAUUGGAAGAGAAAUACAAUUCAUUCAAAGAACUUCCCGAAGAGUUUAGACCUCCGGAUUGGUUUACUGAUGUUAAUCCUAAAAAGACGCCAUAUUUUCCACAAAUUGGUGAUGAAGUGUAUUACUUUCGUUCAGGACAUCAGCAUUAUAUCGAUACUGUGCGACAAAAUAAGAUUUAUAUGAUUAACCAAAUGCUUAAACCACAUAAACCAAGGGGUUGUCAAAGCGAUGAAGUUUUAGCCAAAAUUAUUGAUAUUAAAUUUGAUGUGAAACCUCCUCGUCUGGUGACACUUAAACUCGUUGUUUUGGAUGAAGAGACCAAUGAGAUAACAAACUCACACUUUUCGUUUAGAUAUCAUGACAUCGAAAAUGUUGUUGACUUUGUUAUAUUGAGACAAAUUUAUGAUUUGUCGCUCAGCCGAAAAUGGAAAGUAGGCGAUGAGUUCCGCUCAAUAAUUGAUGACAAGUGGUGGUUCGGAACAAUUGAAUGUCUUAAAGAGUCGCAACCGUUCUCACACUUUCAAUGUUUUGAAGUUAAGUGGGCCAAUGGAGACAAUGAUUUCUUAAGUCCGUGGGAUUUAGAGCCUAUUGAUGAAGAGAUAGCACCCGAAAAUCGUACCGAAAGUGCCGCCAUAACUAGUGAUGAAAGACUUUUAUUUAACUACUUUAGAGAAGAUGAAUGGCCUGAAUGUGGUCGAGAAGAGGAGUGUCAAAGAAUUCUUGACGGAUUUGUGCGAAUUAUGGAGUCAUCCCAUGCCGAAGAGUUCUUAGCUCCUGUAGAUCUCAAUCACCAUCCAGUCUAUGGAAUGAUGAUUUCAUAUCCAAUGGAUUUGUCAACAAUAAAAUCACGACUUGAAAACCGCUUUUAUCGUCGAGUCGAUGCUAUUAAGUCUGAUUCCAAGUUUAUUGAGUUUAACGCCGAGGCCUUUAACGAACCGGGCAGUGAUAUCGUUAAAAAAGCUAAACUGAUAACUACUCUUAUCUUGCGUUUCAUUGAUGAUCAACAUUGUUACGAUCCGAUGCCUAUAUAUUUAGAUCUCAUUGCUAAUUAUGAACAAUUCGAAGAAAAGACGGCCACAGAGGGAGAGACUGCUGAUGAAAGAGAAGCUCACGAAACACGACGUUCAUUGAGAAAGAAGAGACGCCGGUCAAGAUCUGAAUCGGAUGCAUCUGAUGGUCCAUCAGCUUCACGAAAGAAACAAAGACAYACAUCAUAUCAACGACCGAAGUCAUGGAAACAGAAUUGUCUUGAAUUAUUAAAUUAUAUUCUAGAACGUGAAGAUUCAUCACCAUUUAGAUCACCAGUAGAUCCCAUACAAUAUCCUGAUUAUUCUCAAGUAAUCGACACACCUAUGGAUUUAACAACAAUUAAAGAACAGCUAAUUUCAGAUCUUUAUGAUUCUCCAAAUGAAUUUUGUAAAGACAUGCGAUUAGUUUUUACAAAUUCUAAAUCAUAUAAUACUAACAAAAAGUCUCGAAUAUACGCAAUGACAGUACGACUGGCAGUACUUUUUGAAGAGAGAACGAGAAAAAUUAUAUCUGAUUUUCGAUCAAAUUGUAAAUAUGAAUCAAAUCUUAAACGAGGAAUUGUUAGUCGACGCCGUAAACCAUUGCCAAUGUCACCCAUUUCUAACACACGAUCACCAAAUAAAAGACCAGUCAAACGUUCGAGAAGAGCCUUAUCAUCAUCACUGUCACCCACUUUUGAUUUGAGUGCUCCGUCCACUUCGGGUUAUUCAAGUCGAAGUAAGUCUAGUCUAAAUCAGGGUCAAAGUGGUUCCAAAAAUGGUCUCAAUUCACCGAAAAAGAAGAAUAGAAACAAUUCUAUUAAUAACAAUAAUAAGCUAAACUUUAGGUCAUUAAGAAGUACAGACAAUGUACUCAAGAAGAAUAAAGUGAAUGCCAAAAAUAGCCGAAAGAUUCGGCGAAAAGUUGAUAAAAGUGCUUCGAGAUCGAGAAAAGGUCGAAAACGUAUUAUCAAAGACGAUACGACUGAAGAUGAUGAAGAAGAUAUCAAUAAUGACUCACACGAUGAUCACGAAGAGAAUGUCGAAGACGAAGAUGAGACUGAAAAAGAAGGUAACAUCGAUGAUGACGAUGACUAUGUUGUCGAUGAAGAGGCCGUCAGUGAGGAGAUUGUAAAUCAUUUCAAUAGUGACACAGAGGUCGAAGAAAGCGAGAACGGUGUACAUCCUAAUGAUUCUGAUGCUACGGAAAUCGAUGACGAAACUGAUGCUCGGCCUCGAGCUUCCGGUUUACGACGUCGCAAGAAGUCGAUGAGGAACUCGUUCUCUUCUGAACACAACUCAUAUACACUGCAAACUCGACGGUCAGACAGAACAAUGGGUGUGUUAUCUCGGAGGGCAAGACUGAAGGCUUCUGAAGAAAGCGAAUCAACUCAAUCAUCGUCUGUAUGUCAUUCAAAUGAUUCAAAUCAUUCAAACUUUAGUAACGAAUCGGCGACCGCCACCUCAUCCAUCAGUCAAAUGAUUAGUGAAGAAUCGGAAAGUUAUUUGUCUAAUGAAAGUUACAAAUCAAGUUCGCGACGAACUUCGAAAAGACGGCGGUCUAUAAACACUAAAUGGACGGCUGAUUAUGAAUCGGGAGAAGAUUUAAGAAGAGUUAGUUUAGGUCUAAGACGUAAAGUCAACACUAGUAGUAGAUAUGGUAUCGACUCAAGUGAUUCACCAAUUAAAGACUCAAUCAAGACUCGGUCCAGAAAUAGCGGUAAAAAAAGAGUUCGAUAUACUGAGGUUGGCAUCGAUGAAGAGGACUUCGAGUACGACAAUCGGUCGGCGCCUCAUCUCAAUGAACACUCUGUUAGCAGUCGGGGCAGAGUUCGUAAAUUCAGAGCACACGCCCGCUUCACAAACACUGCCUAAACAUUGAGUAAAAAAAUAUUAAUUUAAUAUCUAAUUAUUAAUUAUUAAUAUACACCAAUUAAUUAUAAGUUUAUU